CCAAAACACUCAACAGAAAAAAGAAAAAUAAAAAGUGGGUCUUCACUUGAGCUAGUGGUAGAGCGAUUAAAGACCUUUGAACUUCAAUUUUAUUCUUUCGUUUCUUCAUUGUUUUGUAUUCUUUGUUUCUGGGUUAUACAAAAUGGAAAAUAGCGAGACAAGCAAUGGUGAUGAUAGUUCGACUUCUACUGUGCCACCUCCAAUGAAUGAAAAUGUUGAGUCCGAUAGUUCCCAUAGUGAACAGGGUGACUCUGACAGUGAAGAAGUUACUGGUGAAGCAGCAGUUAAUGUAAACAAUCCUAUGCAGCAGCCACUUUCAAGGGGUCAUCAGGAUUAUCGUGUCUAUACAACAGGGCGACAAUUUCCAGCCAAUCAAAAUACUGUUCUUCAAUAUCACAAUUUUCCCCAGAGAAUGCCGCUUCAAUUGGCUACAGCAGGGCAACAAGUUCCAGCUAAUCAAAAUUAUGGUGUUCAGGGUUACAUUUCUCCCCAGGGGAUACCAUUUCCGUUGGCUGGUCAAGCAAGAGUAGUUGCAAGGGGAAGGAGAACUGCUCAAGCUUUGAUCAAUCCUACUGGACCAUCUCAAUGGAGAUAUCCAGCCCUGGUCUCUCCACUUUUUCGCAACUCUUUUAUACCUUUUGAUUUGAUGCGAGGUGACUUUCAUCAACCUCAAGCCACUGCUCCUAUUCAGCCUCCUAUUAGAUUUACUUCACCUCCUUCUACCUUUGGUUCAGUACUUGCAGCUGGUAGGAGAAGUAGACUUGGUCUAGCUUCCGAUGCUCCAUUUCGGCCAUCUUCUAGUAGAUCUGCAAACCAAAGCCUUCCAAUUGGAUCAUCUCGUACACCACAGUCCCAGACUGAUUUCUCUGGCCUGCAUGAUCUUGCACAAGCGGCUGAGAAUUUUCCAACAGAUCACAUAAAGCAAGGUUCAGUACUUGCAGCUGGUAGGAGAAGUAGACUUGGUCUGGUUUCCGAUGCUCCAUUUCGACCAUCUUCUAGUAGAUCUGCAAACCAAAGCCUUCCAAUAGGAUCAUCUCGUACACGACAGUCCCGGACUGAUUUCUCAGGCCUGCAUGCUCUUGCACAAGCGGCUGAGAAUUUUCCAACAGAUCACAUAAAGCAAGGUUCAGUACUUGCAGCUGGUAGGAGAAGUAGACUUGGUCUGGCUUCCUAUGCUCCAUUUCGACCAUCUUCUAGUAGAUCUGCAAACCAAAGCCUUCCAGUUGGAUCAUCUCGUACACCACAGUCCCGGACUGAUUUCUCAGGCCCACAUGGUCUUGCAAAAGCAGCUGAGAAUUUUCCAACAGAUCACAUAAAGCAAGAUUUCGACAAACCUCCUGAACCAAGUGGAAGAAAGUGUUUCUUAUGCAAGAGGGAUCUUUCAUUCACACCAGCAACCGAUGGGCCUGUUUCCCAGCCAAGACUUCCUCCAUCUGUUGCUGUUUUGCCAUGCGGCCACUACUUUCAUGCCUGCUGCUUAGAGAUUGUCACUCCCCCAGAGAAGUCUACAGACCCUCCAUGCAUUGUCUGUGACCUUGAUGAGAAUGCUUCAUGAAGACCAAUCUUUCCUCAGGUGCUUCUCUUCCACUUUUGAUCUCUAUUUUUGGUAGCAUCAGUCAGAAUACAGGAGGGAAUCAGAAACACAUAUUUUUGGAGAAGUUUUGCUGAUUUAAGUAUAUAAAGAUUGAAUAUCAUUGUAUGUAGGAAGUCAUUCUGAUUCAUAUAUGAUGAAUAGGCUUCACAGCAGCUAGAAAAUCACUCAGUGCACAUAAUUCUUACACAUAUUCUAGGAUAUCAUCAUUUUGAAGUAGGAUUUAACCAUUUUAUUCAUAUUCAGAAGUUCAUAUAAGAUUUUCUUGACA